UUAAUUAAUUUAGUAAUUCAUAUUGAUGCGAAGUUGUAACCACUAAGUGUCUCAAAUGAACAUGUCAUUGUCGGAUUCAGAACUUGGCCAAAACAUACACCAAUGGAUUUGAGAGGAUGUACUCGGACGUAUCGUUUCAGACAGAGGAUAAAUGUACCUGAAGCAGUGUUUGGAUGAUGGCCCUCCAGGCUGAUUCUUUAUUACCUCCUACCUAGGGUUACAACACAAGAAUUAGUUAUAUUGAAUUUCAAAGACAUUGCACUGUUUAAGGUGCAAAAUGACUGGAGAACAUAAUGAUGGAAAAGAUGUUCAUCAAAACAACAGGCUUCGUUCUGGUCGCUCAACUGUGACCUCAUUUGUUCGUUUUGUGAACCGGACACAUAGGUUUGUGGAUAUUGUGUGGCUGAACUAUGAAGGAGCACGUGUCAAAUACAAGACUCUCCAGCCGGGUCAGUUUGUUGAUGUUAACACAUUUGUUGGACAUCCUUGGAUUUUCCGGGAUUCUGACACUGGGGAUCAUUUAGUAGUUAAACUACGAGAGGUAUUUGAAAUGACAACAGGAUGGACUCCCAAUGAUGGAGUGCCACCAUGGAGAAAAGUCAUCAAUAUUACCAUUCCAGUUUACACUCUUAAGGACAGGAGUCUGCAGGUGAUAAGGAGCAUUGUGAACCGGGACCGAAUAUCAGAGCUGGACCUACCUCAGAUGCUGAAAGACGAAAUAACAUUUAUGUUUGAAGUGUCAAGGCGUCAGAGACUAACAGGCAGUCCAGAUAGUCCUAUGGCAGAAUCUUCUCAACAUGCAAACUGACAUCGGGAAGUUUUACAAUGACAGGGUAUCAAGUGUGUACCAUUAAUUUGAUAGCCGGUUGAUAUCACGGACAACAGAAAGUAGGAUUACAACUUGGGCUAUUUCAACAAGGUACAUGAAAGAUCUUGGACUAUUGAAAUAAGAGAUUUGGACAAUUUGUGUAUAUAGAGGUCAGGUGACAGAUUGGAGAUUUUCACAAGUUACAUACAGUUCAUGCUAUUUUAAUGCCAGGUUACAGGUCUUAACCAUUAUUGGAAGUGCACACUUGAAUUGAUUUCAGCAUCUUCCAGUAUACCUGUACGCAGUCAUCACGACAAAUACACUUAGCUCAUAUGCCUGUACAGGCCAAGAGGCUUUGGAAUGUCACCAGAAGGUGAUGUUUUCUUUUAGAGAGGUAAAUCUCAGUGCUAUCCAGUGUUGUCUGAUAAAUCUACAUCAUCUUUGCCAAAAAAGUUGUCUUUCUGACAUGUCAGCUUUCAGUCAAGAUGAAUCGAUCAGAAAGACAUACAUGUAACAUAUUCUGUUAAUCAUUAUGAAUUGAGGAAUGUGGAAAAAUGGGACAGUCACAAUGUUACCUGACAAUCCCAUCAGAGAAUAGUGAAAACAUGGGACAGUCACAAUGAUACCUGUCACUACCAUCAGAGAAUAGUGAAAACAUGGGACAGUCACUAUGGUACCUGUCACUACCAUCAGAGAAUAGUGAAAACAUGGGACAGUCACUAUGCUACCUGUCUCUAUCAUUAAAGAAUGGUGGAGAAAUGGGACAGUCACCAUGGUACCUGUCACUACCAUCAGAGAAUAGUGAAAACAUGGGACAGUCACUAUGGUACCUGUCA